AUGGAGAGAAGUCGUUUCCUCUUGUCAAUAACGUUGUUGCUGGUACACCACAGUUCUAUAUGUACAGUCGGUGCAACACAAACCAACAUCACCGCAGACCAGUCUGCUCUUCUUGCUCUGAAAUCUCAUAUCACUAGCGAUCCUCACAACAUCUUGGUCAACUGGUCAACCACCACCUCCGUCUGCAACUGGGUUGGCAUUACUUGUGGUGCUCGCCACCUCAGAGUAGCAUCAUUGAAUCUCUCGUAUAUGAGUUUCACAGGCACCAUUCCACCGCACUUAGGCAACCUCUCAUUCCUCGUUGCACUAAGCUUCAAAAAUAACAGCUUCCAUGGUAGUUUGCCCCAUGAAUUGUCUUAUUUGUGUCACCUGAAGUUGAUUAGCUUCAGAUUCAACAAUUUUAUGGGAUCCAUUCCAUCGUGGUUUGGGUCUUUCCCCAAACUUCAAAGCUUCGAUUUGUAUGGCAAUCAGUUUUCAGGUACCAUACCUUCGACUAUCUUCAACUUGUCUACAUUGCAAUACAUAAAUCUAAGCGCUAACAAACUAUCAGGUGCGAUACCCAGAGAAAUAGGGAACUUAACAAUGUUGAGGAGGAUAGCCCUUAACUCCAACAAUUUCAAUGAAAUUCCAAAUGAGAUCAGCAAUUUAGAUCAUGUGGAAGAGUUGUAUGUGCAGUACAAUGCCCUAAAAGGCCCUGUUCCUGUGGUUGUUUUCAAUAUGUCUUCUUUGACUACGUUGAAUCUAUAUGGAAACAACUUGAGUGGUGGUCUUCCAGACAAUAUAUGCCAACAUCUUCCGAGUCUUCAAAUCUUGAAUUUUGGUCGCAACCAUUUUGAUGGUCCGCUUCCAUCCAAAUUAUGGCAAUGCAGAAAGCUUCUUUUCCUUAAUUUGGAGGAAAACAAUUUCAGUGGAAGCAUACCAAAAAAUAUUGGGAACUUAACAAUGAUGAAAGAGAUAUCCCUUUCCAUCAACAAUUUAACGGGUAAUUGA